AUGACAGUUCUGUGCGCGCAAACUUUGAACAGAUUAUUGAUGGGUCCUAGGCGAAAGAAAACGCCAAUAUAUGUGGAAGAUGAUAGCCUUAGUGAAGAAUUGGAUGAAAUUUCAGAAGACCCAAUAGCGUUCCCGCCUCCGAAAAAGAUAAAAUUGCCGCCCAAACCAUCUGAAGAAUUACAAUGGACAGAAAAAUAUCGGCCUACUUCAUCGAGUCAGGUGUGUAUUAAUCCCCGCAAAGCAAAGGAAAUUAGGGACGCUUUGGGUUCUAUGAUCAAUGGAGAACUGCGUGUGCGUUUUCUUGCGCUUACUGGGCCAUCAGGGUCAUCCAAAUCUACAUUGGUCAAGUGUCUAUCCAAAGAGUUGGUGGGUGGGAAAAUCGGGAAAAGACAAAGUGCACAGGACUUUCUGGAGACAGCCGAUCUGGAGGUAGUGGAAUACCUGGAGUCAGAGCUUCUUAACAUCCCACAGCCUGAUCACUUUUCUGAUUUUCUCGAUGGUUGCAGAUAUAGAGUUGGACUGAACUUGGCUGUGAUUUUGAUCGAAGAGUUACCUAACGUUUUCCAUCCAAAAACUUUGGAAUCUUUCCGUCGAAGUUUGGCACUGUGGAUUUACUCUAGUGCUGAAUUGCCCCCUCUUGUACUUUGUUUGACGGAGGUGGAAAUUCAAAGUGAAGACAGAAACAAAAGUUUUUAUAACAUUGAAAAUAAUUUGACGUUGGAAACUCUACUUGGAUCUGAACUACUAAGGACAACGAUAGCGAGCGGGCUCGUUCAAAGAAUCAAAGUCCUUCCCGUCGCAAAGACGUUCUUAAAGAAAACUCUUGGACACAUUGUGGCUAGCGAGAAGUUGCGAAUUCCGCCCAGCCUCACUGAUCAAGUAUUCCAGCCCAUGUAUGAAAGCGGUGAUAUACGCUCUCUGAUAUGCAAUCUACAGUUUUGGGCCAUGCUGCCUCUGUUCAUGAAAGUGUCUGCUCUGGUUAGAGAAAACCAUAUUUCGCUCUUCCAUGCCAUAGGUAAAGUGAUCCAUUCGAGCUCUAAGUUUGCUGGUUUAGAUGAGGAUACAAAUGACUACUUAUCGAUCCAAGAGGUAUUUGACGGCUACAAUAACAUCGGGCUCUUGCAUCUUGCCUUAUUGGAGAACUACGCUGUUUACAACGAUCUGCAGUUUGACAUUUCUGUGGCAGCAAAAAUAGUUGAUAAGUUGAGUCUCAAUGAUACUUUUCCUGAAUCGAUACAGGAUUUUGGACUUAGAGCUGUUAGGAGUGAGCUUCGGUCCGUGGGUGAAACCCCAGGUAAGACACAACCCAUGAAGUUCCCACGCCAUUUCAAGAUGCUUCGGGAGGCUAAUAAAGUUCAAAGGGACAUUCUGGACUACGUGAGAUAUAUCGGACGACCAUACGUACUGUUUCAAACAGCAAACUUGUAUGAUGGAUUCUUGCUUCCGGCCAUAUAUAACAGUUUCCAGUAUAAACUUCGAUAUGGAACUAACAGAUACAACUAUAAUCGUCUUGGUGGAAGCUUCAAGCCUCUUUAUGCAGACGGAGAUUUACCUGUCUUGGAAAGUGACAAAGAUGCAGUUUCUGGCGCAACGGAUCAAUUUCAAGUUGUUAUUGCAGAGAAGAUUGGUCAAGAAGGAGAUGAAGAAGAGGAUAGUAUGAGUGAAGACAUCGAAAAUUCAGAUGACGAACUCAAUGAUGACCUCGAUGAUAUGAUUUUAAAGAAUCAGAAUAGAACGUUCACAUCGGAAAGACAUCGGAUAGAUAAAAAUGUCGGCGUUGACCAGAAAGUGAGUACAACUGAGAAAAAAAUGGCAAUUAGAAACGCAACAACAACGAUAGACUCGGAAGAGAAGAUAACGGAUCUCGAUAAUUCGCUGGAUUUCCUGGAUGAUUUGCAGUUGGAGAUGCUUGUGUCACAAGGGAGAUUGUGA